AGUGUCGAAUUACACACAGUUCUCCUAAUAUAGAGAGCGUUUCAAUAAGGUACGAAAAAGAAGGAAUUAAUUCGCGAAAAUAAAGUUAUUAAUUGUGUCAUCUUCUACAUAAUUAAGGAAGUGUUUGUUGGAAUACUGUUUUAUUGCCAAGCAUUGGAAAUAUUGAGAUAUGCCUACGAUGAUGUAACCUGUACAAAAUGCAUAUUAAUAUGUUAGAUCCACAGAACUAUUUACAAGUGGAAUGAGGCCGUCACGUUACCAACCGCCAACCAACACACUACCUCCAGCUGAUGUUGCGGGUGUGAUCACACUCGACCAGGUGCGACCACAACCUAGAAAACAAAAUGAAUAUGUUGACACUCCACGCUCGCCACUUACCCACAGUGCGAGUAAAUUCGGAUCGGGGUCCACGAGUACAAAGAACGUUGUUGUUACAUUGGCUCCACGGGAGCGUGUAAAUUUACCAAAUAGAACUCCAAGUAGUACACAAAAUAGUAUUAUUCGAACUCAACCUGUUUCGACGAGUCCUCCGCUAAAAAAGGAUUUACCACUUGAAAUUCAAAAUAGUGAUGAGGACUCAAUAAUUUGUAGUAAGUGCGGCAAAUGUCGUUGUGGAGCAUGUACCUCGCCGCGGGAACUACCUUCAAAAUGGCUAUGUGGAGAUAAAGUAAAUGUUAGUCCAGAGACUGCAGUGGAAUAUGCUACGUGCAUGUGUUGUGUUAAAGGUUGUUUUUACCACUGUUGGAAAGACGACCAAGAUACGGAUUUUGAAUGUGUAUCGGACCCUUGUGCUUGCUGCGACAAGCCAAAUUGUUGCGAGAGAUGGACUUGUAUGUUAGCAAUGAGUGUAUGUUUGCCAUGCAUAUGCCUGUAUCCACCAGCAAAGUGUGGACUGAUGGCGUGUACAGCGUUAUAUAAUAAAUGUCGGAAGAAAGGCUGCACUUGCAGUAACAAGUCUAAUAAUCAAAGCGGUAAAAAGAGUAGGUCAUCAAGAAGUAAAAUGGACUCAUCGUCGCAGUAUCGGGGCCUACUGAUUGAAUCGGACAGGGAAAGCUCGUCUGUAUCAAACACUUGAAAUUUCGUUAUGUUGUUGUUGUUUUUUAUUUUUUUGUUACAACCUUGUUACUGAGGCUUGUGAAGUCGAGCGUUACAAUACUGUUUUGACUCGUACUUGUGUACAUUUGAGCGAUUAUCUGUGAUGAACUUAACAAAAACUACUAUUUUUGUGCCAUGAUUAUUCAAAAGUUGGGAUAGAAUGUAAAUGUUGUAAUGGGUUAAUGCACGAAAUAUCUUUGUGCUGGCUGCAACUUGUACUGUGUAAAUUGAGCAAUUCUUAAAUACCCAGAUUCUCUUCAUACUUGGAUAUUUAUAAAGUGUACGAUCUGUCUCAAUAAAUAACUUUUCUGGAAUAACAGGAUUUCAGUUUGGUAUGUGUUCAGCAAGUUCUAAGCCUGCGCUUUCUACAUGCAGAGCUGGACGAAAUAUUUUACGAUGUUACAGUCAUUCAGACUUGCUUUGGUACAAAUCUAUCUCUUUUUUCAGUGAUUGAACUGACAGUAUCAUAUGUCUAUGGUUUGUAAUGUUUUAAAGAAUAUUUAAUUUUUAUAGCAAGUUUAUACUUUUUAUGCAUUGGAGCAUUUUAUGAAACUCUUUUAAUUUUGUAUCAAUUUACAAAAUCUCUUUCUUAUUCAGGCAAUAUUAAAAAAAGAUGUUUUGAACAUGUUUGAAACAUGCUUUUGUUUAAAACUUGCAUAGUUUUAUGUGCUCUUAUUUCGUACAAGUAUAUACAAGAGUUUUUCUAUCCAGAAGUAUUGGAUUUACAGUUUCAGAAUGGUCGGGCACACAGUUUAGUGUUAGUGUUGUUGUUUUUUUUAUUUUGAUCAUUUGUUACAAUGAAGACAGUAGAGUCUUCAGAUUUUCUUGGGGGAUUCUGGUUGGAACAUUCUGUUUUUGGUUUCACUUAUUUCAGUAGUCUUUAUCACAAAUUUUAAAACCUGUGAGAGAUUCAGAAUAAGUUAAAAUAGGUAUUUUGUGACUGCCUAUGAAUAUACAUAGAAAAUAGGUAUUAUCAAAGGAAAUUUCUAAGUCAGAAACUUACAUUUAAACUAAAUUUGAUUACUGAGCUUUACUAUCUGCUAAAAUGUUUUGUAUACUUUAAAAAUUUUGCAAACUUCAAUGAGGUACAAAUUCUUGAUGCUGGAUGUUGACAGGCACACUACUCUGUAUACAAAGUCAGUAAGUCCCUUCUAUUGAACUCAGAUAUAUUUUGGUACAUUGUUAAUUUCUUAUUUGAAGGGCACCUGUUAGGUUAAUUUAAUUUAACAUGGAAAUAGCUGAAUCUUUGGUAUUUCGAAUUUUUACAGGUGUGUAUAAGGAUUGGUGUGUUUUUACAAAUUUUAAAAGUCACUGAGUGUAACAUAGAAAUGCAGAAAGUUUGAUCCAGAAUCUCCUACACAGUGCCAGUUACACUGGAUCCUUUCAAUAAUUAAUACAGUUUUCUCUGACAGCAUUCCACAAUAUUUAAACAGUAUCCUAACCCUUACCAUGCUCGACACGAUUGAUUCUGCCUUUGCGACCAGUGUAGAUCCAUGCAGUCUGUUCAAGAUCUGCACUGUUUGCCAUUCAGUCCGUAUCUUUUAGGUAAGCACCCCUUUUCACAGUUAAUGGUGCUGUCCAAAUUGAAAGAUGAACAAGUUCGUUAUAGAAAUUUAGCAGGGUAAGGGUUAAAAUGUUAACCCUUCCCUGAUACAUAUUUUUUGCAGGAAAUUCUGCAUUUUUGCAAAAUACACAUCUGCUAAUGCAGUGUACAGAAUUUAUACCACUACAACAGACAUCAUGAAAGAAUAUUUUGGAUAAAUGUUCUUUUUUGUCAAAGAAGACACCUGAUACUGGUAUAAAAUCUAAAAAAAGUUAACAUUUUUGAGCAUGAUUUGAAAUAAAAAGCUAAUUAGCUAUAUUUUUUACACUAAGGAGAAUGACCACACUGGUGUUUGAAACUUUAACUAAAAAAAAGGGAAACUGUAUUAAUUAUUGAGAUAUGAUCCAAUUAGCUUUAUCCAAAUGUGUUCAUUUUUUUCUAUUUUUAUCGUAUUAAAUGUUUGUCAGUAACUGUAUUUAAACUUGAAUUGCAUGUUUUUGUAAAAAGAAAACAUCUUUUUUUUCUGUAGUAAGAGUCAUUUUUAAUUUCACCCAAAAAAUCUUGUUAACACUUAUAUGUGACCUGUUAGAUAUAAAAUUAAGAAGAGUGAUCAUUCAUUUUUCAUUUACUCUCAGACUGUACUCACCCACAAAGUCUGCAUUUUUAUCAUUAAAUGUACAAGGUCAAUGAAAAAUAAAUAUAAUUGUGAAGAAAUUUACCUCAAUACUUGUAAAAGAAACUAGGCUCAGAAAUAUUUUUUUGUAAAAAUGUUUCAUGACAAAAAUUAAUUGAUUCUAUAUCACCAGCUUGUAAUUGAAUUUCAGAUAUCAGAUAUAAAAUUGAUAAUUUUUUAAGUAAUACAAUUUUAACAAAUCAUACAUUAUUUACUAGGUUAGGACCUGGUGGAGACAUCUUCAUAUGAAUAUUAUUAUUUUAUUUUUAUAACUUCUACAUCAGAGAUAAAUUAAUUCAUAAACAUAAUUUAACUGAUCCAUAAUUCCCUGUGUAUAUCUCUAUAUAGUUAGCUGUUGGGGGUGGGGGUGUGAGAUGAUGGAGGGUGUGACAGAGAGGCACGGAGGGUGUGACAGAGAGACACAGAGGGUGUGACACAGAGGCACACAUUUUUCCUCAUCUUGAACCCCAUAUCAGACCAUUUGUUCAUGUUUGUUAUUUGCAUUUGGCAUUAUAUUUCAUUGUGAUAGUUUUGUUUGUUAUAUAAGCAUGGAUGUUAACCAUGCCAGUUACAGUUGGUGCAUUCAAACAAUUCUCUAAUGUCAGGAACCAAAAAAAAAUCAGUUUUUUUUUUACCAUUCUGUGAGUGCACAGAAUUACAGAUAAAGAAAAGCUCUUUUAUUACUCUGUAGACUGGCUCCCUUCCAAAACAUUUGUCUUCUGACCUGAUUUCUACGGAAAGAAUUCAAGCAAAUUUCCUGUUCUUAUAUACAGCAGCCAUUUUAACCUGGAUUUUGUUAUAGAGGAAAAUUCAGAUUUCACAAAAUAUGAAAAUUUAUUGGAGCCAUAAUUUAAUGUUACCCCAGUCUGUUACUGUAUUAUGAAGGUUACGUAAGUGUACACUAUGUGCACCAUUUGUAAAUGAUGUUGAAAACUUGCACAGAAAAGUUUAUGUCCCUUUUGUUAAGAUGGACAUAUACCAAAAUAGGUACAUACUUGAAUGUAAAUAUUGAUAUAAGUAUAAAAUCUAUAUAUAUUAGUACAACAUUGUACAUGCAUACAGUGCUGUUGUUGUUAACGAAACGGUGUAUAAAGAAAGUUUCUGUUGAAAAUGAA